GACUCUUCUUCGGCAACCUAUUCUUCGCUAGGAUCACAGUCGCAUCCCCGAGUUUCAUUGAGUUUGUUCUAAGGGAAAACAAGAAAACCAGCGUGAAAGUGUCAGUCCUCGAGUGCAAUCAUGCCGUCGUCCAGGAGCUUCUUCUUCUUCGCCCUUGCUUUUGUUGGAGUUCUAUGGAGUUGCGUUCUCUGCCUCCAACGGCCCCCACCGAGAUAUUCGCAACAAUAUAUGCCGGACACUUCCUUCACUUGUCAAAAUAAGAUCCUAGGCAGCUAUUACGCCGACCCGGAGACCGACUGUCAACUCUUCCACGUUUGUGUGUCCGUUGCAGGAACCGUUCAAGAUUAUCGAUUCCUGUGUCCAAACGGCACAGCUUUCGAUCAAGAGAGCCAAACCUGUGCUGACUGGUACGACGUGGAUUGCGAAGCAGCAACGCUCUACUACGCCAGUGACAACUUUGACCUUUACAGACUGGGUUCAGGUUUAGAAUCCCUUCACUUCGACAGCCUUCGUAGUGAUGCGGAACCACAGGAUCAUCUCCAGCGCAGUGAAACCAGCGACGCAGUACGAUCUUCCGCCAAUGCCCUCAAUCGAGUAGCUUCAACUAGUUUUAAAGACAGAGGCAGCAAGGACAUCCUCCACGGAAGCAGCAGCAGCAAUUACUUUAAUAAUAGAAACAAUGCCAAAGAUGACGACUACGACGACAAGGUCAUUCCUGAACCCAGAAAGAAGUCUGGAGUAAGAAAAGUCAGCAGAAAACAACAGUAUGACAACACACCGACAACAACUGCCGCCACUUCCCCAUCCAGCAAGAGCUACAAUUUCUACUCUGGAAACAAUUAUAAUCAUCAAAGAACCUUCGACUCUUCGACAACGACACCUCGGGCGGCCUCUACACAGGAGUUCAAAAAUACACAGAAAACAGUUCAGCAAACAACUUACCGCCCAACAUAUUCCUACUCCACAUACACAACCACAACCUACAGACCCAGCACCAAUUAUCCAGAAGGCUUUACUGGAUUCCCAAUUAUCCCCAGCACCACCGCCAAAACAACGACCACCAACAGCAACAAUAAAAACAAUUUUAACAAUGCUUUCGGCUCUUCCAGUGGAACAACCCCAAGACCCUCCACUUACAAGAAAGUCUACUACGAUCCCUCCACUCUACCUGAAUCUUUCUCACCAUCCACGACCAAUCAGCCAAGUACAAACUAUCAAUCAAGCGAUUUCAACACCUACAAUAACAAUUUCCAACGGAACUACAACAAUAUUCAACGCACCAGUAGCACUUCCAAUUUUCCUUCCUCUACAAAUUCUCCAAAUUUCUUUGACAGCUUUAACAGCCAAUUUAAUAGUAGAUCUAAUUCUCCUUCGACAAUUAGGCAAGACUACACUCAAACAACUGCCAAGUUCAUUUCAAACAAUUUCUCAAAUAAUGGCAACGCUCCCACGACCUACAGUCCAAUAACGAAAAAAAAUGAAAACGUGAGAGAUCGUUACAAUACGCAAUCCAAGAAUGAAGGCCAAUACAAUGAUGGACAGUAUAAGAAAAGUGACGAUACCAAGUAUUCACAAAACAAUGGACAGUAUUAUGAUAAAUUGAGCCAAAGCAAAUCGACCAACUUCUACGAUUCAACGAAACCACCCAAGAAAGUUACACAAUACAAUAACUACGAUUCCGGAAAUAAUGGAAAGUAUUAUGAAACCACUACCACCGCAAAUUACGAUUUCGGCAGAUCUGGCGCUAUUGGAUUCAGUCCAUCCAGCAUUAAUCAUUUAGCUGAGUCUCCCAAAACCACAACUCCAGUACCAAGAAAAACUGGAGCUCCCACGACCUAUAAUCCUAACAGUUUCAAUACCAAUAAUCACAGAUCGUCUCAAACAAAUUCUCGAGGAACAACUCACGUUAGUCAUUCUGCCAGACCGUUUUCAACAACUCCGAGUUUCACAGAAAGUACUACAUUGAAAGCAACGAAAACCGGAAAGAAAAACGACUAUGACUACGCGUACUACGAUAAUGCGGGAGCUUUGGAAUACGAUGGAAUUGAACUCGAACAUGUGACAGGAAACAAAGAAUCUUCGAAAAUUUCGAGGUCUUGAACAUAAAAAGAUUCACAUCUAUUAAUAAGCAAAAAACAGUCAUAAUUUCAUUUUGUCUCAACCAUAGUAAAAAGAAAAUCAAAAUAAUCUACUGAACAUUAAUAAUGUGUAUAAAGUAAUUUAUUGGAAAAAUAUAAAAUUAUUAGUUUGUGUUCUAAAAGUUAAAUGAACUAAAAUUUUAUAUUUUUAAAUGUCAAACGAAAAUAAUAUUAAUAUACUUUAAAAAAAUAUAUAUAUAAAUUAUUCUUAUGUGUGAGACAAAAUUAAAUAUAUAUUUUCCCAUCAUUCGCGAUUUUAAAUAUUUUUAUGAGGCAUAUAUUAUGUUUUUUAUUAUAUUAACAGGCCAGUUAUCACACCCCUAUAAAAACCUUCAUUUGAUAUUUAUGUGCGGAUGUUUUUAUUAUUAUUAUUGUAAAUUUGUGAACGCAUUGUGAAUAUUUCAAAUUGAAAUUUUGUUUUCACUAUAAAUCCUUUUCUAAUUGAUUCUAUUUCUUUUCUACACGUAUACAUUGAAAGUGUCUCCCAAACAUGAUAACAUCAACUUUGUUAGUGCAAUGAGAUAAACUUUAAAGAAAUCCUAUGAAAUUUUUCUACAUAUUUAAAAAAAUAUAUCAAAAAUUCAUAUGCCAUCUUGUUAAUGGACCUUUUUAUUUUAAUUGACAUAGAGGAUAAUUUUCUUUUAAUUAUUUCGACUUAAUUAUAAAAGAGACACCUAUGUUCAUCUAUUUCUUUUGUCUUUCAUCUUAUGAAAUUUUUGACGUCUGCAUAUGAAAAAGUAAUUAAAAUAAAAAGGUCUAUUUGCUCUUCUAGUGACGACAGGAUUUCAAAUCCCAACAAUUAUUUAUGAGUCUACUAUGUAUUAUAAAGUUCUUUUUUAUGUCUUUGUUAUUAUAGAUAGUCCGUUUUGCAUGGUGGUAGAGUCCAUGUCAUUUAAACAUUUUUUUUAGAAAGAAUUCGACUGUAUCAAGGAAUAUAAUUUCUUGCGAUAUUUUUUAAUAUGAUAAAAAUGUACAGAAAAAUAUGUAUUUUUAAUUAUAAAGUAAAAAAUGUUCUUUUAAAGAAA